UAGCCGACCACGUGGGUGUGUUAUAAGAGUUAGCUAGAGGGGCGUGGUCGAAGGUAGCCAUACACAUUGAGAAUGGCUGAGUGUUCUGAAGACUCCACAGAGGUGCCACUGUACGGUACACCCACGGGGGACCCAGAGGACACCCUCACCGAGGACACAGUAUACAACCUGCUUCGAGACGAGGAUCCUGAGGAGUUUGUUACUGUAGAUCUCCCGGCAGAGAUAGAUCGGAGCACCACCUCUCAGCCGGUCAAGAGUCGGAAGAGCCGAUUCCUCGAGAGCUUUGCACGACACUCCUCGCCAAAGUUCCAAAAGAGACAAAAAUCACCGGCUGGCUCAGAAAACAGUGGAGACAUCUUAGGAACCAGCGAUAAUCACUCUGGAGAGGAGAGUGACUCAGAGGAGAAGCUGCUCUCAGAGAAGCACCUCAACACUCACGCUCGCUAUCGCAGUCCACAUCCCACUGAUGAGGAGGAGCAGUCUGGCACAGUUGGGACAGGUGACACUUUUCUGACUGAUGACCCGCACGAUGAAUCCUUCCCUUGUUCUGACAUGCUCAUGUCAAUGGGUGUGACUGGGCCUGAAAUGUCCGUCCGUCACAGCAUACACAUCGGAGUGUCCCCUGCGGAUCUACGACUCUCACAACCUUUGAGCCUGCCCCCUGCCGAUGAGAAUAUGGCCAAGGAGGCCUCUAGAUCUCGAAUAGAAAGCACUGAAAUUGAACAAAGAGAGUAUGAGGAUGAAGAUGUGGAAUCGACAACCUGGUGUCAGCAUCAAAAGCAUGUAUUUGUCCUGAGCAUAUCUGGAAAGCCUGUGUACUGUCGCUAUGGCAAAGAGGAUAAGCUGGUCAACAUAUUUGGCAUCAUGCAAGCCAUAGUGUCCUUUUUCCAAGACGACAAUGAUAAUCUACGGAGCAUAGUGGCUGGUGGUCAUCGCUUUGUGUUUAUGUGUCGUGGUCCUCUUGUCCUAGUGUCCAUAUCUCAGAGUGGUCAAACGGACACACAGCUAGCCAUUCAACUGAACUAUGUCUACUACCAGAUUCUGAGUGUUCUCACUAACACACAACUCUCCCAGCGGUUUGAGAAGAAGCCUGGCUUUGACCUCCGUUACUUGCUACAAGGCUCAGAAAAGUUCAUUGACAACAUCCUCAACAUGACAGACAGGGAUCCAUCCUUCAUUCUCAAUGGGAUACGAUGCCUCUCGAUGCCUCUUUCUCUGAGACAGUCCAUCACCAGCACCAUCAGUCAGGCCAGAACAAAGGACAUCCUCUUUGCUGUGCUAGUGGCUGAUGAUCAACUGGUGACCUACCUCAGACCCAAGGAAUACAACCUAGUACCCAUAGAUAUCCACCUAAUCCUAAACCUUGUGAAUGCUUCAAUGAGCUUCCGAUCGACUGAGAGCUGGACUCCCAUCUGUCUGCCCAAAUUCAACGACACCGGCUUCCUCCACACCCAUGUCUCCUACCUUCCCCUCGACUCCCCCGCUUGUUUGCUUCUCUUCUCAACAGACAAAGAGAAGUUCUUUGAAGUGCAGGAAUGCCAGAGGAAGAUUGUUGAGAAACUUGAAAAGAGUGGCAAUCUUGCGGCUUUGAAGCAAGCUGUGAAGAAGUCUCCGUACAAUGUCAGUGAUAUUCUUCAUGCUCAUGAGGUCAGACAUUUCUUGUAUAAAUCUCGUAAGACGUCCUGUCUCUCUGGUCCUGUUGUCCCGGCGAUGUACUGUGGCCCUAGUGACAGGGAGCGACUGUUCACGCACUACAUGUUCAUGAAUCAACGAAUGCUCUCGUCCACCUGGCCCACCAAGAUACUGUACCAUGUGGGGGAGAAGGAGGCGCUCCUCGGAUGGAGGACAACUGGGUUUGACCUCUACGUUGUGUUUGAUCCCCUCAUCUCCAAGACACAGGGCAUCACCCUUGGCAACAAGCUCAUACAGUGGAUACAUGUACAUAGUAUAUACGAAACUUUGGAGGCAUUAAAAAGUUCAUGGUAUUUUGUAAAGAGCUUGCCCUUUAUUUAGCGUAAUAAUUGAGGCAGAAGCACUGUCGUUUGUAUCAUGCAGUGUUUUUAAUUUGGAGGGUCGAUCUUUAAUGAUUUUUCACCAUUCCCCCAGUUCAGCUGUUUAUGCAUGUUGCAACGUAUUGUGUUGAGGCUAUAACGUACAUUGUGCGUCUUUUGACCAGUUUUGUUUCCCU